ACUGUAAAUCUCGUUCAACUUCUGCACUAAUUAUCUGUAAAUAUAUCAUAUCUGUAUAAAAUCGGUAAAUAAUACGCAGAUUUGCUGCGUAAACUUCCGUGUUUCCGAGUCUUAGCGGAACUUCCUGUAGUUCUGACCACGCCCCUCAGUAUCAUGGGCGUGUCCAAACAACAGACAGCAGAGGAGACUUCAGAAUGGGAGAGAGCUUCUAUGAACAGCUGCGGAUAGACAGCCGGUUCUUGAAAACGGACCAGCGUUUGGACACCGAGCUGUUGGAUAAACUCAUUCUCCAGCUCAACAGAAUCUACCCACAGAUCCUAUCCGACAAGGAAGCCACCAGGUUCAGGGAUUUGGAUGUUCCUACGUGUAUCCGGGUGGCGGAGCUGCUGUCUCACCUGCAGGAGAAAGGGGAGGAGGCGUGCCGCGAGUUUUACCAUGCACUGCACCUCCACGUCGAGGACGUCUACUUCAGCUUACCCACACGCCUCCGACUCCGAGAGUCCGGCGAUCGAGUUUCAGGUCCAAUCCCAAAUCCCAAAGACAGAUAUGUGCUGAACGACCGAGGUCCUGUGUUCUUCAUAAGCUGCUUCAGCGCUGCUGUCGGAGCUGCUCUUCUGUAUUAUUAUGGUGAGUCCAAGGAGGUGUCGGGUUCAAGCAGUGCACUCGGUCUGGCUGCUCUGGGGCUGAGUAGAAAGGUGCGAGAUGUUCUCAUCUGGUACACAGAAGAUGGAAAAUAAUACAUAUAUACUUUUCAUAUAUAUAUAAUCACAUAUAUUCUUUUUUGGUGCCUUAAAAAUUAUUUUGACACGCUACACCAAUAUCACAAAACAGCUCAACUUCAAAAUGUUGUAAAAAGAUAUGUCGUAGUUUGUUAAGUAGUUAUUGAAGUCGGCAAAACUCCAGGGAUUAAAUGAUAAAGUUUCUGCCUUAAUCUGGAAUUGUGUUACACCAUAAUAUGAUAAAACAUCGGAAAGAAAACACAAUUAUUUAAAAGUAAUAAACAUUAUUUUUAGAUUCACACUCGCCGUAGUAGACAACAGUGGGUUUAAAUUUAUACUUUUAGUUAAUCUGUUCAUUUUAAUCUCAAAUUAAUGUAAUAUAUAAUCAUUUACAGUAUACUGUAGUUUUGUGGGGCUUGGGUGUGUCCAAAAUAAUACUAUCAAAAUGUGAACCCUCGGGUUUACUGUGUCUUUUACUAAAUCCAGAAAUGUUAUAGCAAAAAAUGUCAGAAUAUUUUUUAGAUAUAAAACACUAAAAAAUAUAGAUAAAGCUGAACCUGAGGAGUAUUAGAAGUCUGUUACCUUGAAAUUCUUUAAAUAUGUAGUAAAGUAGUGUUUUUGUGGGCUAAUAUUUUAACAAGUAUCUCGUAUAUUAUCAUGUUUGUAUAUUUUUUCCUCUUUUUUAUACUAGCUGCAUCUUUGCACUAGCUUGUCUACUAAUAGUUGAUAUUGUUUGUCAGUUUGCUGGAAGGAAUUUUGAAUUGAUGUGGCCUUAAUGCAGUGCAAUUGCAAAAGUUUUUGUAACAUUUGUAGGAGCAUUUUAGAGGUAUCUAGAUCAUGGAUGUGUUAAUGAAGCACAUUCACAAUAUUUUUGAAUAAUAAGAUAUAAAAAAAUUAAGAGGAUGAGAGAAUGCUUUAAAAAUGCUUCUAAUGUUUGCCAGUAUGAAUUUGAUUGGAUGCUUUUGUUUUUUGUAUACGUUCUGUCCUUUGUAAAUAAAGAAAAGUAAGCAGAA